AUGGAUGCAUUAGGGCAUUUGGAAGUAAGGUGGGCACAAGGAAUCACCAGCAGGAAUGUUGAAUUUGUGGACCAGAAGACCGCAUGCUAUGCAUGUGGGAAUUACAUAGUUUUCCUCGACAUAGAGACGAAGAUGAGAAGUAUUCUCCAGAGUCCCGGUCGUGGUAUCGGCGCGUUUACCGCAAACGGCCACUGCAGGACUCUAGCUUUCUCUGAACAUAAACUCAGUCCCUCCAUAUUCGUAUAUAACUAUCCAGAGCGUGUUCUCACGUCUGAGCUUAAAGGUGGCGCUAAAAUGGAUUAUACUGCUUUGGCGAUAUGCGACAUCGAUUCUUACUUAGUCUGCUGCUCCGGUGUGCCUGAGCACACCAUUACUGUUUGGAACUGGGAGAGUGGGGUUCCUAUUUGCAGCUACAAACAGGCAGGAACAGAAAUCUCAUAUCUGGUUUUCAGUCCAAUGAACUGGCACCAAAUCUGUGCCAUGGAUUCAAAGUCUCUCACAAUCUGGAAUAUUGAGAGAAGCAACAAUUUUCACAUUAUGAAACCCAGUGCUGUAGAUCUCCCGUCAGCUGACGGCUCUGUUCUGGAGAGGGAAAUGAGCCCGUCUCCUAUGGCCAAUGAGGAGCUGACAUAUUUCGGACCUCAGAUGCCGACCUCUGCUGUUGCAGGACUGACAGGAGACAAGGCAAAGAGCUUUGUGCCUCAGCGGCGGAUAAAGACCAGCCUGUGUCCCAGCGCCCUCUGCUGGUCAGCAGCGGCAGAGCUGUACGUGGGCUGCAGGGAAGGCUUUCUGCUGCUUGUGAAUCCUGAGACUCUGCGUGUCUCUGUCCUCCACAAACCUGGCAGCAGUGGGCAGGCCACAGGUGGCAGUGGCCGUCUGGAGACACAGGCAGGCAGUUUUCAGAGUCUGGCGCUACACAGUCACGGACUCUUUGCCGCAGGAAGUGAGGGUGUUUUGCGAAACCUGCAGAUUAAGGGGAAUCAGGUUGAAGUGGCUCAGACCUGGACAUUAGAAGAGCCAAUCUCCACCAUAUGCCUGUCUCCUGAUGACGAGACCCUGUUAUUGUCCUCCAGCUCUGGUCGUAUAUACAGAACUGAAAUGGCAUUAUCUGAUAAAGUCGUGAAAAUCCUGGAUGUUCUCGGUGGAAACUGCGUUUGCGCCACUCCUCUGAUCACCGAUAAAAACAUCUGUGUGUCCGUACAGGAGACUGGGCAGCUGCAGCUGUGGUCUAUGGACGCUGGAAUCUGCACUGGGUCCAUCUCUCUCCAGGAAACAGUGACCAGUUUGGCCUGCUGCCCUGUAGCCCAGUAUGUUGCCGUGGGAACAGUCACAGGACAUGUCCUGUUUGUCGAUUUGACCAAGAAACAGCAGCCUCGUCCUGUCCACAGAGUUCAUCUCUACCACUCACCUGUGAGCCACCUUGUGUUUGAUCAAGGAGGGAAUUUUCUGUUGACUGGUUCUUCAGAUUCACACAUAUUUGUCCUGGAUGCAAGGCCGUCUAAAACGUUUGAGAUAAUUGGUUAUACAGAGGCUGUGGGAACCAUCGUGAGCCUGUCUGCUCAGUACCACAGGGACAGUCAGGAGGUCAAAGUUUUGGUUUUAUGUGACGGAGAAAAGAGAACUCUGACUGAGGGAAAUGUGAUUUUACUGCUCACUCUGCCCGUGCGCCAGCUCACAGGAGAGGUUUGUCCAGAUACAGUGUCAUUCCUGCUGGCUGGGUGGAGCUGGUUCUGUCUCCUUUACUCCGGAUGGACAGACACUCCUCACUACAGGAUGAAACUGGCUGGUGUGGGAAAAUCAAAUGCAGCCACCCAGUAUAGCCAGUUCAUGGCAGCGUCCUUAGAGAGCACCGUUAUCUCAGAAAACUCCAUCCUCAGCAGGAUGUCAGACUACGACCCACACACACAGCCCCUCAGUGGCCCAGGCGCUGCCGACUCAAGGGAGGAGGUACAGACACAGAACCACUUCACUGCCCCUACCUGGCUGGACAGCAAACUGGACGCGGUCGUGAAAGAGGAGAGCCAGCAGUUCUCCGAGAAGAAGAGGAGUCUGAGGAGGAGCAUUAAGGAGCUGCGAGACACAAUCCAGGCUCUGAUGCGAGAAAAUGAGACCCUGUCUGAUAUGGAGAAGCUGGAGCAGCAGGAGUUUAACCUGGACGUAGAGGAGCAGAAGAGACUGCAGUCUGAGGCGGAGCAGGAAGUCAACAGGGUCCGGAAUGAGAUUGAACUGGAGAACCUGGCCAAGUGCUACCUGAGGGACGUCCUGAAGAGGGAAUGUUGGGACUCCAUGACGGUCAAAGGGAAGAGCAUUAAAGCCUUUCACUCAGAGCAGGAGGUGAUGAACUAUCCUCUGAAGGAGCGCUCAGCUAGAGAAUUGGAGGAGCUUCUGCGUGUGGAGAGCAUAAGGAGGAUUGAGAAGACCGACUCUAAUCUUCAGGAGGAGAUUCUGGGGAUGAAGAGCAGGACUCCUGUGGAGAAGGAGGAGGCUGAAGAUGAGGAGGGUCCUGAGGUGGAGAGCGCAGCACUGACUGGGAGCCUGAGUUUCCAGUAUGGAGGCUGGAACAACUACAUCUACAGCCAGUUUGUCCUGCAUGUCAGAGAACAGAAGAUUAACCAGAUCAGCAUGCUCCAGGACAUCAUCUACAAAGUGAAGACGAGCUUUAAUAAGGAGUUUGAGGCGGUGUACAGGCAGAAGGAGCAGGAGCUGAGCCGUAUACGAGACAGGAACAGACGGAUCAAGGAGAUUAUGAGUGAGCUGGAGGUGGAGGAGAAACUAUGGGAGCCGACGCUGACGGACAGUGAGAGACCAGAGAGAGUUCUGACAGUCACUGACUCAGAGAUAAAAGUGGAAAAAUACCUCUCUCCUGAACAGCGGCAGAGGGAGGAGGCGCAGAGGAAAGAAGAGGAGCAGAGACAGCUCGCAGCAAAGGGAGACAGGAUCAGAGAGAGGGCCCUGAAUGACAUGAUGGGAGGGGUGCUGGAGCUCAGGAAAGAGGACAUUUUGAGAAUGGAAGUGCCGCGCCCAGAGUUCCUGACAAAACCAGAACUGCAGUGGACGGAGGACGAGAGAAAGAGCUACAAAGAAUAUGAAAAAAAAGUCAAGGACCUCAACGAGGAAAAAGAGAAAUACAGGAAGAAUCUGGAGUCAGAAAUGAAGAAAUUGCAGACAUCCAUUAAGGAUGCCAGCCAGGCCUUUGAUGACGCUCUCAUGAAGCUGUUUGAAAAGAAGGUGAAAUGUGAGAUGGUCAUAUAUCAGGAAGAGUUGAAGAUUGCAAACCUCGUCUACUCCAUUCUCAUUGAGGAUAACAUUCUGAACCGAGAGAGAGAUUUAGAACACAGACUGGAGACGACUAAGAGUCUGAAGAAUGGAACUGGUGAAGAUUUAAGAAAACACAGAGAGGAGGUGGAGGCGUUCCGGGAGACGUACGAUAACGCUGUUGCCGAGGACAAGCUUCUUGACAAAGGCUUCCGGAAGGAGUUCUUUGACGUUCCCGGCCAUGUCGUCGAUAAUCUGUAUAAGCUGUACAAGCGCAGGCCGAGGGUCCAGAGGGUCCGGUCUCAGACUGAGAACACAAGCCCGUUCAAAGAGCGGCCCCCGACAAGCCAGGCAGCCCCGGAGGGCCUGACCCAGAUGCUGAAAGCCAUGGAGGAGCUGGACUCUCCGGAGAACAUGCCGGAGGGGCUGCAGCCGGUCAUCUGGGAGAGGCUGUGCCUGGCCAGACGAGCAAAGGUGGAAAGUGAACAGCAGGUGAAAGCGAAGGCCCUGACUCUGGCAGAGAUGCAGGCUUUUCUGCAGAGGAGAGCUGAGGAGGAUGAGAACACACAGCUGGAGAUAAAAAACCUGUCAGAUGAGCUCAGUCGACUGCGGGAGCAGAAGGUGAGAUUCCGACUGGACGUGAUGGUGCAAAUCCUUCUGAAGCAGGGCCAGGUGGAGGUGGAGGCCGGACAUUUCAUCCCUGAUUACUCUGACUCCUUACUGCUCCACCGCAGCGUGGUGGAGGAGCUCAACUCCACCAUCAGGGCUUUAGGAGAGCAGAAGAUCGCCAUCAUGGUGGAGUGUAAGGAUUUCCGCAAAGGAAUCAUCCAGCAGGACUGGGAGUAUAAGAGAAUGACCAUGCAGAUCCAGGAUCUGAACAAUAAGGCCAGAGACAUACAGAUGCUGCGCGUGUCACAGGAACUGCAGGAGUACCUGGCUGAGACACGGCAUGACAACCAAACGUCAAAGCAGCUUUCAGCUUUGGAGAAAACAGUUACAUUGCAAGCAAAGGCCCAUGAGAAGAAUGUACAGAACUGUAAGAAUCUGAUUAAGAAGCUGAACAGACAAGUUGCAGUGAAGGCAGAGAAGAACGCCGUCUUGGAUCUCCAGCUGGCUGAAACGCAAGUGACGGUGGCAGAGAGGAGAAACAUAUAUGAGGCCAUUGCGAUGGAGGAGAACCAGGACAGAGAGGCAGAGGAGCGCUAUCAGGACAUCCUUCAGAGGAAGAGACUGGUGGGCGUGGCCAAAGCCCAGGCAGAGGAAGUGGCCAUUCUGAGGGCGGAGCUGGAGAGACUGCGAAUGAAGAACUUCCCUGCUAUUCGACAGCUGAACCAGAACUGA